AUGGGUUCCAUCGAUAAGGGCAUGAAAACUGAACUGACACAAUACUCCCACCGUCGUAGCAACAUCGGACCCUACGCCGAUGAUUUGGACGUUGAUGUUAUUAUUGUAGGAGGAGGUUUCGGUGGUGUUUUCUGUCUCAAAACACUCCGAGAGCAUGGUCUUCGGGCAGUCAUUUAUGAAGCUGGCACCGACCUCGGCGGAACUUGGCGCUGGAAUCGCUAUCCCGGAGCCCGAGUUGACUCUGAGGUACCUGAGUAUCAGUUCUCUUGGCCAGAGGUCUACAAAGAUUGGACAUGGACUACCAACUACCCGAAUUAUCAAGAGCUUCGAGCUUACUUUGACCAUGUGGACAAGGUUCUCGAUAUCAAGAAGGAUUGUUCGUUCGAAACAGUUGUAACUGGUGCGCAAUUCAAACCUUCUGAAGGGAAGUGGCACGUCGAGACCGAAGACGGUCGUGUGGCAAAGGCAAAGUAUUUCAUUGUCGCCGCUGGAUUUGCAUCCAAGCGCUACAUCCCACCCUUCAAAGGCCUUGAUAAGUUCAAGGGGGUCAUUCACCAUUCUUCUUUCUGGCCCGAGGAAGGUGUCAACGUUAAGGGAAAGCGUUGCGCGGUAAUUGGCACGGGCGCCUCUGGGGUUCAAAUUGCCCAGGAAUGGGGACCCGAAGUCGGCGAGAUGAAAGUGUACCAACGGACACCCAAUCUGGCAAUCCCUAUGCAAAAGCGCAUGCUCACCCCAGAAGAACAGAAUCUCGGAAAGCAGUGGUACUACCGCCUUUUCGAAUACCGCGAAAAGUGCUUUGGUGGAUUCUUCUACACUCUGUAUGAGAAGAAUACAUUCGAUGAUUCCCCAGAAGAUCGUGAGGCAUUUUACCACAAGCUGUGGGACUACGGAGGAUUCCGCUUCUGGAUUGGCAACUACAAGGACAUGCUGGUAAAUGCUGAUGCCAACAAGGAAGCAUACAAUUUCUGGGCCAAGCAUGUAAGAAAUCGAAUUGGCGACCCCAGGAAGCGGGACAUCUUGGCACCACUGAAGAUGCCGCACUUCUUCGGCGUAAAGAGGCCCUGUCUGGAGCAGAACUACUACGAGCAAUUCAACAGGCCCAAUGUUGAUAUCAUCGACAUCAAGAACAACCCCAUUACCGAGUUCACCGAGACAGGUAUCAAGCUCGAGGACGGCAGCCACGAAGAAUUCGACGUCGUCGCCAUAGCUACAGGUUUUGAUAUCACAACCGGUGGCAUGACCCACAUGGGCCUCAAAAGUAUCAACAACACCAAUCUCCAUGAUGAGUGGAAAGCGGCAGCGAACACCUACCUUGGCAUGACGGUGUCCGGGUACCCGAACAUGUUCCAUCUCUAUGGUCCACACGGCCCAACACUUCUUUCAAACGGUCCAAGCACUGUUGAAGUUCAGGGCCGGUGGAUCGUCGACUGCAUCCGCAAGAUGGAACGCCAGAGCAUCAAGUACAUCAACCCCACAACGACGGCCACCAAAGUGUGGAAGCAGCGCAUCAAUGACAUCAGCAAUGCGAGUUUGUUUCCGACAACGAAAUCAACGUACAUGGGUGGAAGUAUGCCUGGGAAGGCAUUUGAGCAGGUUAACUAUGCUGGGGGGAUUCCGAACUACAUUAUUGAAUGUCGGGAGGCUUUGGAUGGGUGGAAUGGGUUUGAAGUUGUGAAGGCAUAG